AUGAGGCACUCUUUAGUAUUUGUGAAUAAUUUCUUAAAAAACAAAAAAUCUCUUGUCACUAUUAUUCAACGAAAGAAUUUCCCGAUUUCUCGACGGUAUAUGAUUCCGACUGGAAGUCAUGUUUCCAAUAACGAUCCAAAUGUGAUGCAAGUAGAGAAGGAAAAAUUGUUAAAGGGAAAAAUCAUUGAUCACAUCAAGUCUGCACCAGGAUGGAGUGAAACAUUGGCGUCAGAAAGUGAAGCGAUCGUAAAAGCUGAGCGCGAAGAUGGUUAUACCAUCGAAGAAAUUCAACAUCACACUCUGAAGAUUCUUCAUGAAGAGGAAAACAAAAAUUGA